GUUUUAGUUCAUACCUUGUUUGAGAACCUUCUCUCUCCUUCUUAUACGAGUUUAUGAACGCCCUCUUCUAUCAUCAUUUCCUUUAAGAUUCCUCCAUCAAGUCUAUACAUAUUUUAUUGUCUUAUAUUUUCUCUCUUUUUUUUUAUUUAGGGUGAUCGAGUUAUAUUCUUGUGAUUUUAUUGAUUUACCUUCUGUUUUAAAUCUCUUUAUUUUUUAGUUUCCAAUGACCAAUCUAAAAUCUGGAUACUGGCGAUUGAUUUUGACAUAUUGGUGGCCAGUAUCACCGGAUCUGUUAAUUGGAUUGGCACGGAUCUGCAAUCCGACAAUUGGUGGGAUGAUUUGUUUGAGCACACCCCUAUAGAUUCAUUCUUUUAUGUUUUGGUUAUAAGGCUAAUUUAGUUAUCCUGCUAUCUAAUUAAAAUUACAAAUCGAAGAUCGUGAUACCUGGAUCCAAUUUCAUGUAUCUGUCAAUUGGUUUGUAUAUACUGGUUUUAUAUCUAUCUAAUUUAACAUAUUUAGUUUCAAUUUGCAAAUCUGAACUGGAUCCAUUGUUUUUUAUAUAUGUGACCAUCAAACUGGGAUCCAUCAUUUUGUUUGUGUAUUUUCUGUUUAUCUAUUUAAUUCGAAGUUUUUUUUUGCUCUAGUUUCAAGUUCACAUACUAAUCUAAUAUUUGAAUACAAACAAAUAGUUUGUAUAUUUUGGUUUUAAUUUGCCUGUUUCAACCUCUUUUGUUUUAGAUUUCAAUUACAAAUUAAUCAAAGAUUUAGACACUAGCCAAUUGUUUACUUAUAACUAGUUCUUUCAAUUUUUCUUUUGUAUUCAUGUAUAUUCAAUUUAUAUUUUGUAAUCAUGUGUAUUUUCUGCUUAUCUAUCUAAUUAUCUGAUCCCUAUCUCAGUAUUUUUGUUUUUACCUUUGAAAAUAUGUUUGAAUAAAUAUGAUAAUUUUUUUUUCAGGAUCUACAAUCAUAUCUAAGUUUCUUUUUUUUUUAUGCCAUUUUUUUUUUGUGAAUAUGAUUUUUCUGUUCAACAUUUUUGCAAACAAAAUAUUGACAUCUUCUUUUGUUUUCUUUUACUAUAUCAAACCGUCGGAUUUCUUUUACCCUAAGCCUUUUUAUCUGGCGGCCCAUAUCCCAUCUAUUUGUGUCUAUAAAUACUCUUCUAUUCAGGCAUCCACACUUUGUAAACCCUAAAUCCUCUCCUCGUUGAUUGUUCACGCAUUAACGCGGCUACUACUGAAUAAAGCUUCCGUUUGCUCGUCCGGUUUCUCAAGAAGGGUCCCGAAAUGGAUAAGAAGGAUGAGGAGUUGAAGGAUGAGGAGUUGAAGGAUAAGAAGAGGAAGAGAGAUUGCUUUGAUAACAUGAGGAAGACUAUGGUCUGGUUGGACUUGGAGAACUGCAGAGUUCCCCAUGACCUUAAUCCAGAAGAAGUCUAUCCACGGAUGAAGAAGACACUUGAAGAAAAUGGGUAUGGUGGAGAGCUAGAUGUUGAGAUCGUUAUGCCUUUUACAGACGAUGAAGUACCAUCGGGUCUGCUCAAGACAAUGAGGCUCUUUCGUGUGAAAGAAUAUCCAAGACCAAAAAGUCCCAGUGAUCCUGAAAAAAAGGACAACCAGAUCGUUGAUAAUCAUAUCAAUGGGGAUAUCGAAAGGUGGCUGUCUGAAAAUCCAGAGCCACACAAUGUGCUGAUUCCAAGCGGCGAUGGUGAUUUCGAGAAAAUUGCCCGUAGAGUGGCCUAUGAUGGCAAUCGCACUGGCAAAGAUCAGAAGAGAGAUUCUUCAGAAAAGAUGCAGAAGAUUGCAGAGCGCGCCUGGAUUUGGAGAGAUUUGCUUAGGCUUCCAAAAAGUCAAUCUAAUAAAGACUUGCGCUUUGAUAAUAAACUCUUGCAUAAAGAGUUUCUAAAGAAGAACAGGGGUGCAGAUGGGAGUGUUGAUGGUGAAUUAUAUGAGAAUUUCAAGAAAAUGUUGGCUGAGAGGACGAGACAGUGCAUUGAGGUAAAAGAAGGCGAUUUGUCUUUUUCUCAAGAGUUAACAAAGUUGAAGAGAGAGGCGUUGGAGAGAGAGAAGUUGAGGAUGAAGGAUAAGGGGUUUACUGAUGAAGAGAUAGAGUUUUUGAAGUUGAAGGUGCCCUUGGAGCCAAAAAUUUAUGAAGAGUUGGUGGCAAAACAUAAAAAGGAGGGAGAGUUGAGGAGGAGUCGCAUCAAUGCAGGAGUUGAGAUCAGGGACCAGGAGGCUGCUACUGGGGGAAUCGUGGUUAGUGAGGGGAAUGUUGAAGAGCUGCCGGUAGAGCAGAAGGGGAAGAAGCGAAAGGGGAAGGAGAAAGCUGUGGAUGAGGAGGAUGACAAAGAGUUUGCCGAGCGGUCGACCAAGAUUGGGCGCGAGAUGACUAAAAAGAUACAGGGACCAGGAGGCAGCGAUAUCUAGGUGGUUCCUGUUCCUUUUGUGUCGGGUUUAAGCAUUGGCCUGAGCCGAUGAAACUUCUUUAUUUUCCUACGUUUGACCAGGAGGCAGCGAUAUCUAGGUGGUUCCUGUUCCUUUUGUGUCGGGUUUAAGCAUUGGCCUGAGCCGAUGAAACUUCUUUAUUUUCCUACGUUUGCUUGACACAGUUCAAUGAUAUUGUAAAUGUGCCCUUCUCUUUUUGUUGGAUACCAUCGUUGGGACGAAUUCAUCUAUCUUUCUGUUCCACUUU